AUGUAGCGUCACCAACGGAAGCAAAUGCCUUGCUUUCAUACUUCCGUUCUUCGUUCGCUUCCAUGUUCGAUUCCGUGCUUGUGUAAAGUUCAAAUGCCGCUUGUUCGACAGAGAUCUCGAUGUUCCGCACGUAUUGCACCCCCGUGAAGUUAUGACGACUCCGAGUGGCAGCGAUGGCGGGGAGGACUACUGCCCGGCGAUGUUUGUGGAGGCCAUCUACGAGUCGCCGGACGCCAGCUACCUCGACCGGGGCAAGCUGCUCGAGAACCUGCUCACCAUUUCCCAUAGCGGCCACCCCGUGAUCCAGGAGCGGACUGAGUACCCUUGCCCACUGUGCCGGGGCACUUUCCGGGCCCUGGACGACCUGGUGCUGCACGAGUGCCCCAAGGAGCGCCCCAACCGGCCGCUGCUCACCUGCUGCUUCUGCGCUUUUGCCACGGACAUGGCCGUCAUCCUGAGGGACCACCUCAAGUUGCACACCAACCCAUCGCUGCGCUGCGGCCACUGCAACAACUGCUUUAUCAGCGAGGCAGCUCUUGUGAAGCACCUGCAACUUCAUGGCACCAGCCUACCCAUGCUGACCUUUGGCAUUGGAGCCUUUUCUUCAAACAUACCGGCUAACCAGACGGCGUUUGGGAUCAACGGCACCAUUGGUGGUCCCAACGUCCCCACCUACGUUGUGAACGUGCCUGAGGACCGGCAUUCCAAGUACAUGUGUCGGCUGUGCAAUGCCACCUUCCCCCGACUAAGCGGCUUGGCGGCCCACGGCCUCAAGCACCCAGAGUUUCCGGAUGUCUACAUCCAGGAGAACGUCCUGAUACCCAGGCGGAGCACUCACGAGCCACUAGGAGCCCUGAUGUGCUGCCAGUGCUGCCUGGUGUUCACCCACCCCCUGGCGCUGGCGGCUCACCACUGCAUGGGCGGCGCCCCAUCCGGCGGCGCCAGCAACGGCCCGGCGGCUGUCAACGGGGAGGCCCCAACUGGCGACGACCAGAUGGCCUGCAGCCCCGUGCGCCUGUAUUGCUGCCCGUACUGCCCCUACACCUCGUACCUGCUGGCCAGCCUGCAGAGGCACAAGGAGGUGCACUUCUCGCAUCGCUGCGUCGACUGCGCCGUCCGUUUCCUCACCCCCGGGGCGCUCACCCAGCACAGACAGAAGUUUCAUGCCGGGGGGUCCCAAGUAAGCCCAGUGGUGCCCAAGGCUCCCCCUACAAACAGCAACCACACCCAUCCUGCUACGCGAGGCCGCCCGAAGACACCCACUCAAACCUCUGCCCAAGCUGCUGCCAUCAAGUCUGUGGAGUCUGGGUGGAAGUGCAAGACAUGUGACUCCACCCUGCACAGCUGUGAGGAGGCCCUGGCUCACCGGUGUGCAACCUUUGAGUGCCCCCACUGCACCUUCGUCACGCACAAGCCCAACGGCCUGUCCAUCCACCUCAGCUACGCCCAUUCCUUCAAGUGCAAGAACUGCAGUAACACCUUUGCCACGAAGGAGUUGCAGUCCCUGCAUGGCACAUACCUGUGCGUGAACCGGCCUUUCAAGCACAUUGGCGAGGAAGACAUUCCCCUGGCAGUGCUCAGGCGCCACCCCCUGCUGCAGUCCACCGCCAAGAAGAGAGGACGGCUGCCGAAAGCUGCCCCUCAGGGGACGCAGAAGGUGUCGCGGAGGGUGUCCGAAGCAAGCCAGGCGGAGCCCAAACGCACCACCAGGAAGAGGGGCCGUCCCCGGGGAAGACGGAAACGGACGGCCUAGAGGUUCCGGCAUACGCAGCAGAGGGGAUGCGACGUGCCUCCAUGCCUGUUCCUAUCUGCAAGAGGGUCCUACAGGGUCAUUGGUGCAGUUGAAUACAAAACAAAAUUGUGAUAAGGAAACAAGUUUCUCCAUGGACCACCGAUAUCUUGGCAACCUAGUUGUUACACCAGACAGAAUCUUCAUCCCUCUUUGUUCAUGUGCUGGUUCAUGUGACAACAAAGUUUGGUGACGUACAAUGUUACGAGAAUGCUGCAUAUGGCGAUCAUCCAGCCUUGAGGGGAGCUCCGGCGGUUUCUCGAGCUAAGCAAACUAGACACAUUUCAGGGGUACCUAGGCUUUACUCUUCCCGGCGUGCUAUUUUAUUACUUUUAAAUUCAAAAUGGCUAUUCAGAAAGAAAUAUGCAUGGGCAAAUACUAGUGGAUUUUGAGUUCAAAGCAAAUUCAAAGCGAAUAAUGGUUUUGGCCGAAUAUUUUCUAAUAGCUUCUCCAAUCCUUUCACUCCUUCCACUUGUCCAUUUCAAAGCUGUUACUUUUAUUCUAGCUAUAUUUAUGGACCGUGGCCUGAGAAUGUCUAAUGCCUAUAUUGGGAUGGCAGUUAAACGACGCAUUUGACGUAAAGUUAAACCUACAGAGAUGCGCAACUGUACCUACCGUAAAAUACCGUAAGGACGCCCUCACCCGAGAGAUCACCCAUCCUGUUUUUCUGGCCCGAUUCCCACCAGACAUCACGCAGCGGACGACGGGAAUUGCGUCAACCGCGUGAUCUGCAGUACCGGUACACGUGGCAAUAGAGUUUGCGGCAGGUUCACGUGUUUUUGUCCGUGAUAUCGGUUCCCGCGACAUGUAUGCUGUCCAUGCGUGUUUAUUGCACCAUGAAACGCAAGUCUGCUGCAUCUGUGAUCUACAAUAUCUUUUACAGGGAAACGGGACUUCGUAGCUAAUUCCCGGUUGUUUAUCGAAUCGUGAAACGCGAAUUUGCCGUGUCCGCUUUUUGGAGGUAUCAGUUCCCGUUUUAGUGGUUUGUAGGGGAUACCCCCGCGUAUUAUCAUUAUUGGUUUUUAUAAAGUUUGGCUAUCGCGUCCGGUAGCCCACCCCAUGUUUUUCACCAAUUAUCUUUUUUAAUUUGGGUUGGCGUUCACGAGAUUUUAUGGUAUAUGCAAAUGUCCUUUCUUAAAAAUGAAUUUAUGAA